ACUGCAAUCAACAGACAUCCGAGGGAAUGAGGGCUCUUGUGAUUUUCACCCUCCUGGUAUGUGCGCUUGCACAGGAGAAGACCUUUUCUUGGAAUGGUCCAGGAGAAGCCUAUGAAACUGAUCCUAAUGCGGAUGCUUGUUUGAUGGACACAGCGUCGUGUGGAUGUUGCCUGAUGCAGAACCAAAUUUGGAAAUUGGAGAUGUUCUUUAACUUGAGCUUAAAUGAGCUACAGACAGGCCUGGAGAGAGCUCAGUCAGUGUUAAAUAAUAUUCGCGCCAGCCGCAGUGCAUUCUCUGUGGCACUCACCGACACACGCCUCUGUGUGGGCCCAAAUCGAGAAGACUCCGUGGUGAAGUAUGCAAGUGUUUUAAUUAACUUGGGAGAUGGGUACAACACCAGCACUGGUGUAUUUGUAGUUCCACGUUCUGGUGUCUACAACCUGGCACUGACAGUGUAUAGUGAUGCCGGUACACCCGGAGCACGCAUCGCUGCCUGUGCCCGACUGCGGCUGAACGGACGCACACUCACAGCACCGAGCGAAAAUAACCUCCAGGAUCAGGAGGACAGUGUCAGUGCCGUGCUAGCAGUCCAGCUGCAUGCAGGAGAUUAUGUGGAUGUUGUUCUGCCUGCUGGCUGCUUCCUGUGUGAUGACAAAAACCACUACAAUACGUUUACAGGCUUCCUGCUCUAUGCAACUGAUUAGUACAUACUAAUGCUGAGUUUGAAAUGUACUACUACUACCCUGCUAAAAAAAGAAAAAAAGAAAAAUGCUCAAGCAAGCAUAAGGUGGUUAGCUAGGCUACCUGCCUGGACAGGCUGGUCUUGUUCAGUGGGUUUAGAGGGGUUUGGGAACUUAUGGUCAGGAUGGGAGAUCAUCUGGCUGAUAUUUGCUAGACCAGCUUAAACCAGCAAACUAAGUCCUGCAAACCACCUUAUGCAGAUUUAAGUAGGUCUUUUCAGCAGGGUGCACAAUAUACUAUAUGCAGCAUUUUUUCUUUUUUUUUUUUUUUAUAUAAUUCUAAUGUACAACAAUAAAAAGGUAAAGCUGUAGUAUGCUACUUUGUUGUCACAUGACCUUGCUAUAUUGCAGGCUUUGCUCGAUUAAGUGUUUAUCUAGGAAAUUAAUUCAUUACUCUUGCAUUUUCGAGCCUAUUUAAUAAAAUACGUCUUUGUGGCUUCCU